CAGAAUAACAACUUCCCUUCCACCCUGGCUCCUUUCACCUUGACUUCUUAUACGGUUCUCUUCUUCUCGAUCUUGACCAGCUCUCUAUAGCUUUGGUCUCUUUUCUCUCCCUUGCGCUUCGUUUCUUGCUCUUCCAAUCUUCCGGUUUGCCCGUUUAUCGUUUGUUUUUCCUUCCGCCACUGCCGAGGAUCAGGAUUACCCACUAUACCCGGCGUCAUCCACCUCCCUUCAGCCCUCUUUGGUUUCUCUAUUCUAAGUAACAGAAACCAAUAAACCAGAAGACCCCGAAUUCUCCCGCCAUGGCGCAAAUCCGGGGCACUGCGGGAUACAAUCUCGGCCAUCAGAACCCCUUCCAGGGUCCUGGGCGAGCUGAUGCCAUUGACGAUCCGAGCCCCUUGGAUGCGAUCCGGGAACAGACCAGCAAGAUUGAGGACUGGCUGGACACGAUGUCCGACCCAAUCAAGCCGUAUCUACCAGCUUUUGGCCGAUUUCUGAUCGUGGUCACCUUCAUUGAGGACUCAUUGCGGAUUCUGGCCCAAUGGAGUGACCAGCUCAUGUACCUGCGUGACUACCGAGGGAUCCCCUGGGGCAUCACGCACACCUUCCUCCUGUUCAACGUGCUCGCGAUGACGGUAUGCUCGACACUGGUCAUCGCCCGCAAGCACACCGAAAUCGCCGUCGCCGGCCUACUGCUGGUCGUCAUCACCCAGGGCCUCGGAUACGGACUCAUCUUUGAUCUCAACUUCUUCUUCCGCAACCUCAGCGUCGUCGGCGGUCUUCUCAUGGUCCUGUCCGAUUCGUGGGUCCGCAAGAAGUUCGUGCCCGCGGGUCUGCCCCAGCUCGACGAGAAGGACCGCAAGAUGUACGUCCAGUUCGCGGGGCGCGUUCUGCUGAUCUUCCUCUUCGUCGGGUUCGUCUUCUCCGGCCAGUGGAGCUUGUGGCGUGUGAUCGUCUGCCUGUUCGGCCUCGUCUCCUGCGUCAUGGUCGUCGUUGGCUUCAAGGCCAAGUUCAGCGCCAUCAUGCUGGUGCUGCUGCUGAGCGUGUUCAACGUGCUUGUCAACAACUUCUGGACGCUCCAUCCUCACCACCCCCAGAAGGAUUUCGCCAAGUACGAUUUCUUCCAGAUCCUCUCUAUCGUCGGAGGUCUGCUGCUCCUUGUCAACAUGGGCCCGGGUCAACUGAGUAUGGACGAGAAGAAGAAGGUCUACUAAAGAGUAGACACCGUCGAGUAAAGCACGAAGACAAAGUAAACGGAAAACAAAGAAAAAACGAGUUUAGUCGAACUGUAUGGCUCGUGACAUGAUUUUUUAUCUAUGGGCUUAGGGCUAGUGAGACCCUUAUGAAUAUUGAGAUUUGAUUGCAUUUCAUCUAUUUCAUUUCCUUUUGACAUCCAUUCAAUUCAUCGUCCACAUCCCUGGGAAGAAGAAAAGCAUAUUCUGCGAUGCCCUUCAUACUGGAUUAUAUUAUUCAUCAAUCAAUCUAUCUAGCUAGCUAGCUAUUAUUUAGGGGAGCUAACAAUGGAUUAUUUGUCUGGUUCCAGCUUGGGGUGGAUUAGCUGCAUUUCAUCAAUGAGUCUUCAAUGCAGA